AUGACCAGCACACUUGCUCAUGCCAAGAUCGUCCUCCGACGCUCCAGCGAGCGCGGAUACGCCGAGCACGGCGGCUGGCUCAAAACCUUCCACACCUUCAGCUUUGCAGGGUAUUGGGACCACCGGUUCAUGAGCUUCGGGAGUCUGCGAGUCCUCAAUGAAGACCGCGUCUCCGCCCGCAAUGGCUUCCCAACACACCCCCACCGCGAUGCCGAGAUCUUUAGCUACAUUCUCAGCGGCGAGCUCACGCACCGUGACAGUAUGAUCAAGAAGGGCGCAGAGGGCGCGCAGGGGAAACAGUUCUACCGCAUGCACCGCGGAGAUGUGCAAUUCACCACCGGCGGCACUGGUGAGCCUUUCCUUUCCCUGAUUGGGCGGAACAGAGUACUAAAGAUGAUUUCCCAGGUAUCGCACACUCGGAGCAGAACGAAAUGGCCUGAAGCCGCAGUAUCACACCAAGAGUUUUGCCGAGAGGAGAAGCGCAAGGCGUUUGUACCGAUCUUGUCACCGCUUGCGGCGGGGCCGGAGGCUACGCCGGCGGAGGAGGAUGCUGCUGUCCCUAAGAUCCCUGACACGAUCCCUAUCCAUGCGGACUUUGUCAUGGGGGCGGGUAUCAUUGCCCCUAACGAGACGUUCAAGUGGAACGUGGGCGCGGGAGACGUGGUCGAGUCGAAGAAAAAGCGCAAUGUCUACAUCCACCUGCCAAUGACAAAGCAAGGCAAAUCGAAGGUCAAACUCAAUGGCCGGGAGGAAGCUGUUUUGGAAGAGGGGGACGGUGCUUUUGUUACCCUUGUCAAUGCGGGUGAUUUGCUCCAGGUGGAGAGUGUUGGUGAAGCGGAAGCAGAGGUCAUUGUCCUGGAUAGCAACUGA